GGGCUAUUUACUGACAAGAUUCGGUCUGAAAUCUUACCCACUCUCUUUAAUAAACUUGAUAAGAACGAAACAGAACAAAUUCAAACCAAAUAAAAUCUCAAAACAAAAUAAAUAAAUUAAGAAGAAAAAAGGGUAAACGUAAUCUCCUGCCAACAUAAUCACGCACGCGGAACACGGUAAUCGGGGUAUAAGUAAUUUAGGGUUUCUUAAGAUUCACAACUCCGAAACCUUUUGAUUCUGUUGUUCACUCUGUGUUGUCUUCUAAAGGGUGCUGACAUGAUUGUAGAUUUGGGUUGAAUUGGAUAGGGAUUCUUGUGGUGGAUUGUUUGCUGAUUCUUUUGAAGUUGAAGGCCGUGGAUAGGGUUCUUGUUGAGGGUUUUGUAUUGGUAGUGAAAGUGGUGAAAUGCCGGAGGACGACCUGGUAGAGCUGAAGUUUCGGUUGUAUGAUGGAUCAGAUAUUGGUCCGUUUCAUUACUCACCAACCUCAACUGUAGCCGUGCUGAAAGAAAGAAUAUUUUCGGAGUGGCCCAAAGACAAGAAGAUUGUACCCAAGGCUGCCAAUGAUAUCAAGUUAAUUAACGCUGGAAAAAUUUUGGAAAACAAUAAGACUGUUGGCCAGUGUAGAGCACCAUUUAAUGACCUUCCAAAAGGGGCUAUCACGAUGCAUGUUGUCGUGCAGCCUCCAUUAACAAAAGCAAAAACAGAGAAGAAAGUGGAUGAAGCGCCAAAGAAAAAUGUUUGUUCAUGUACCAUAUUGUAAGAGAGUUGCUGUUUAUUCAAGGCCAAGCUUUUGAGAGGAUGAUGGGAUUUGCCGGAAACACCUUGCCCAUGGAAACACAAUAAUUUGUAAAACAAUGUUAUCCGAAGUUGUAUGUGUUUGUUCGAGGGCAUUCCUGUGUAACAGAGCAUGACGGUGAUCAUGUAUGUGUUUGCUAGCUGUAUCCAUUUUUUAUUUUUAAUUUGACAAAGCUUUUGAGCUCGAUAUUCAUAAGGGUAUUGUUGUAGUGUCUCUGUAAGCUCUGAUCUCCCCUUUCCGCAUUGACCAUAACAUUUCUGAAAUGGUAUAAUCUUCUGGCAAUAUGCCAUUGUGCUUCUAA